AUGUUGGCACCACAUCAUAAGUCCGCACUGGACAGAAUGCAUGGUGUUGGUAAGUUUAGACCCCGGGAAGCAACGGAGAACACUGCUGGUGAACCAAAGCGGGUGUGGACAUCUUUGAUAACAAACACCAAAUAUCUUUCCGGGCUUAUCACCUUGGACUAUUCACUCAAGAAGCAAGGCAGCAAGUAUCCUCUUAUCGCACUCUACACGGACACGUUCCCGGAAGAAGGAAAACAAGCACUCACAGCUCGAGGUAUUCCCGCCAGAAGAAUCGAGUAUCUGCUUCCGUCUGUGCCCAAGGCGUAUGCCAACGAUCCGCGAUUCUACGAUUGUUGGAGCAAGCUGGUGCCCUUUAGCCUGACCGAGUAUGACCGAGUCGUCCAAAUGGACAGUGACAUGUUAGUGCUGAAGAACAUGGAUGAGUUGAUGGAUCUCGAGCUUGACCCACCAGAGAUGGGAGGUGAUGGCGAUAAGGUGUUUGCGGCCAGCCAUGCAUGUGCUUGCAAUCCUCUGAAGAAACCACACUAUCCUAAGGAUUGGGUGCCGGCCAAUUGUGCCUUCACCAGCCAACACAAUGCUCCUGACCAGGCCCAGAAAGAGGGUGCUUCUGCCUUGGCUGGUAUAGCAUGCCCGAAUGGAGGUCUACAGGUGGUCAAUCCGAGCAAGGGGGUGUAUGAUAAGAUUCUAGAAACGCUGCAGAACGAAACUUUGACGGCGAGUUAUGAGUUUGCAGAUCAGAGUUUACUUGGCGAACGCUUCAAUGGAAGAUGGGUGCCAAUUCCUUACGUGUACAACGCCUUGAAAACCAUGAGGUGGAAAGGUGUGCACGAUGCUAUCUGGCGUGAUGACGAGGUCAAGAAUAUGCAUUAUAUUCUCAGCCCCAAGCCAUGGGACGAGACGAUAGAAACCACGGCCGACGAGUCGCAUAAGUGGUGGAUUACUACCAAUGCUGAACGGUUAGAGGAGGAGAGGGCAAAAGGCAUAGAGAAGGGCUUUUAG